GAACACAUAAGAGAGGAAAGAGAAAAUCGGCCUGUUCAGUCUUUACCUUUCAUCCCUCUCCCUCUCUCUCUCUCCUCUCCUGGCCUGUUUCACUCACUCUCUAAAUUCGCGCAUCAGGUAAAGGUUUCUUCCAUACCAGAAGGACUCUACUAGGGUUUUAUUCACCAAUCCAUCUUCGAAAAUGGAAGGAGGAGGCAAUUUAGAUGAGCAAAUAGAGCAAUUUCUGAAUGUAGAGAAGAAGAUGAGGACCGCUGGUGACGUGGCAGGAACCAAGAAAGCAGCCACUGACAUUCUUGAGCUCUGCUUCAAAGCAGGUGCUUGGAAGACCCUCAAUGACCAGAUUGUUGUCUUAUCAAAACGCCGUGGUCAGCUAAAGCAGGCUGUAACUGCAAUGGUCCAGCAAGCAAUGCAAUAUAUUGAUCAGACACCAGAUCUUGAAACUCGUAUAGAGCUUAUUAAGACACUAAAUAAUAUUUCUGCUGGGAAGAUAUAUGUUGAAAUUGAGAGGGCACGUCUAAUAAAAAGACUUGCAAAGAUUAAGGAAGAGCAAGGGCUUAUUGCUGAAGCUGCUGAUUUGAUGCAAGAAAUUGCGGUGGAAACAUUUGGUGCUAUGGCAAAAACUGAGAAGAUUGCUUUCAUUCUUGAACAAGUUCGUUUGUGCUUAGACCGCCAGGACUAUGUUCGUGCUCAGAUACUAUCAAGGAAGAUUAGUCCAAGAGUUUUUGAUAUUGAUCCUGCAAAAGAAAAGAAAAAACCUAAAGAAGGUGACAAUAUUGUGGAAGAAGCUCCUGCUGAUAUUCCAUCACUCUUGGAGUUGAAGCGGAUCUACUAUGAGUUAAUGAUACGGUAUUACUUUCAUAACAAUGAUUACCUUGAGAUUUGCCGUUGCUAUAAGGCGAUAUACGAUAUUCCUUCUGUCAGGGAGAAUCCAGCCCAGUGGAUACCGGUCUUGAGGAAGAUAUGUUGGUACUUGGUUCUGGCGCCAUACGAUCCAAUGCAGUCAAGUCUUCUCAAUUCCACCCUGGAGGAUAAGAAUCUUACUGAGAUUCCAUAUUUUAAGUUGCUGUUGAAACAGGUGGUAACUAUGGAGGUCAUACAAUGGACAUCCCUUUGGAACACAUACAAGGCUGAGUUUGAGAGUGAGAAGAGCCUGCUUGGGGGCUCUUUGGGUGACAAAGCAGCGGAAGAUCUAAGGCAGAGAAUAAUUGAACACAACAUUCUUGUUGUUUCAAAGUACUACUCAAGGAUAACCUUGAAGAGACUUGCAGAGCUUUUGUGUCUGAGUGUCCAGGAAGCUGAGAAGCAUCUGUCAGAUAUGGUUGUGUCCAAGGCACUGGUGGCCAAGAUUGACCGGCCUAUAGGAAUAGUCUGUUUUCAAACUGCAAAGGAUAGCAACAAUGUUCUUAAUUCGUGGGCUACGAACUUGGAGAAAUUGCUUGAUCUUGUUGAGAAGAGCUGCCACCAAAUACACAAAGAAACCAUGGUUCACAAGGCUGCUCUGAAGGUUUGAGAAUCACAAAUUUCAGGUAGGCCAAACCUAAUCUUUUGUUUCGCGUAUUAAAGAGUUCUUGGAGUCCGAGCAUUUGGAUUAAACCUGUAUUUCACUGGGUCGAUGAGGCUACGUGCAUCAAUUUAUUUGUUUUGUUAUGCAUCUUGAAACUUAAUUGAAGAUUGUUGUAUGCUACCGGCACAUGCCUUGCUAGUAGGGGUAACCAAAGGAAAAUUUUAUUGGCUUAAUUUGUUUCUGGCACGGGAAAGACUGCUUUCACUUGUUAAUUAUGUUCUUUGCCCCUGUUUAA